CUAAAGCCGCACAAUUUACCAGACGCCAUUACGGCUGCAACUGUAGCGAAAUUUGUUAAAGUAGUGUUUUAAAAUGAGUUUGUUACAUAUUUUAUUCGCUUUUUAAAAUCAUCGAAUUUAGCUAAUUAUAGAUUAAUUGAUUACCUUAAUAUAUAGCAAUAACCCGUAACUUCGGUUGAAUUAGGACUAGUAAAAAUAUCGACAAUGGCUGACAACCAAUACGGUUACAGUACAGGUUACCCAGGUUUCGGUGGCCAGCCUGCUGCUCAAAACAAUGCCCCCUACGUAAAUUACCCGCAAUGGAAUGCCCAGCCGAAUUAUAAUAACACCACAUCAGCACCGUACUCGCAGCCACCGCCGGGUGCACCUCCACAAGCGGCGGGAUACCAGUCGUAUAACCAGCCUCCACCUUCAUUUUCGCAGCAACCUCCUCAAAGCAAUUUUACAUCAUCUCAAUACCCGGGUAAUAAAGAUAACGAUAAUCAGUACAACAGACCGGCCGGCGGCUACAGCACUAGGCCCGGUUUCGAUUCUGGAAAUGACCGUAAUUCUGGCGGCGGUGGUAACCGAUCAGGUGGAGGAAAUUACAAUUCGGGAGCCAGCAGAGGUGGUUAUAAUAAAGGUCCUUCAGAUACGCGGGGCGGAGAUUUGAUCGUGCAAGAGGAUACCAUAUUCAUAUCAGGAAUGAAUCCGCGGACUUCGGAACAAGAAAUUAAAACGCAUUUUGGAGCUAUUGGACUUAUCAAGAAUGACAAAAAAUCGGGGAAACCUAAAAUUUGGAUGUAUAUGGACAAAGCUAGCGGACGACCAAAAGGCGAAGCCACUGUGACUUAUGACGACUCGCAAACUGCUACAUCGGCCAUUGAUUGGUUCCACGGUAAAGAAUUCAACGGAUGCACCAUCAGCGUUCAACUAGCAUCGAGACGAGACAACUGGCAAGGUGGUCGCGGAGGAGGCGGAGGAGGAGGUGGUGGUGGUGGUGGCGGAGGUCGCGGCGGCGGCGGCGGCCGUGGUGGCGGUAGAGGCCGAGGUGGCCCUCGCGACGACUACGACGAUAACCGCGGCGGUGGUGGCGGAUAUAACCGAGGCGGCGACGACGAUUUCGGUGGUGGUCGUAACGACGGCGGUGGAUACAGAAGCGACCGAGGCGGUGAUUACGGUGGUCGAAGCGACGGUGGCGGAUAUCGUGGCGGCGGCGGAGGUCCCGGUGGCGGCGGAUUCAAAGGAGGAAACCGUGACGGAGGUGGAGGAGGACGAGGACGUGGGGGCGGCGGUUUUGGAGGACGCGAAGGUGAUUGGAGAUGCCCUAAUCCAGAUUGCGGUAAUACGAAUUUCUCUUGGCGUCAACAGUGUAACAGAUGUAACGAAGAUAAACCAGCCGAUGCCGGCGGAUCCGGCGGCGGAGAUUCCGACCGCAGAGGCGGUGGCGGCGGUGGCCGUGGAAGAGGUGGCGGAUUCGGUGGUGGCAGAGGCGGCGGCGGAGGCCGAGGCGGUGGUCGUGGAAGCAGCAGAGGAGGCGGACCAAUGCGAGAAGAUUACGGAAACCAGAGAAGUAGACCGUAUUGAAAAUGUUCCAGGUAACUAAUCUAAGUCGAAGUUCUAUGUUUCUAUGAAGUUUUUGUACAUUUUAUAAAAUUUAAUUUAAACGACAACUUUGAUGUAAUAAAGUCAAAUAAGUAAAUGUGUAUUAUGUCGGAA